GCAAGUAGUGCCAGGACCAGAUGCUAGCGAACCCAGCAGUGCAGCCUCAACCCGCCAAUUGGAGGAACGAGUUGACCAUGUACUCGCAAUGCUCGGCGACAUCAGCACCUUCACUGCACCAGCCACCAUCAGCGAGCAGCUGGACACCUUGAAGACCGAGGUUCGACAACUGCAACAACUGCCCGACAAGGAUGGCAACACCAGUGCGCAGCAGUACAAGAUGCCGACAUUCCGGAUCGAAAAGUUUGAUGAUUAUACGCAUCAAGACCCGGUCCCUCGGUGGCAGGGCUUUAUGACGGAACUGAGGAUUCCUCACAUCCCCGAGCACUCGUACAUCAGGGUGUUGUUCCUCAACUCAAAGGGUGGAUGCCAGAUCUGGCUCAGCCACCUAGCAACCACCCACGGAGUCCAGGUCGCCGAUCUACACAAGGAGAUCUCUUGGGAAGAUCAGACGAGACAAUGGAAGAAGCGAUCCAUCGUUGACGACGCCGCGGCGCUAGCCAUCAACCGCCUCUUCAGCAUGACUCAAGGCAACACACCAACACGUGACUGGCUCACAAAGUGGCAAAAGAUCGUGGCGACACCCGAUCUUGACUUGCCAUUUCCGCAUCUGCACCGAGAGUUCUACAACGUGUUGUGUGUCGCCUUGAGCCUCCCACUCGGUGAUCGCGAGCUGUACAUAACCUUCGUCGAAAUCAUCAACAAGGCGCGAGAGAUCAUCAAGACCAACCGGACUGUUGCACACGAGAAGUAUGCCUCUGACCUUCUCCCUGAUAGUAAGAACAGUGGAGUCACCUAUCCUGACAUGCAGCGGUUGCUGCAGCUGCGGGACGACUGCUUGUCGGCACACGGCAGGGGGACCACUGCAUAUGGGACAAGGAAGGAGCCUCAGAGGCGAUUAAAAGCUUCUCGUAGCAUGGCUUGGAAAAAACUGAUUCUUGUCGAACCGAUGGAAGUGAAUGCCUGGACGGCCGACUCCAAUGGCCUUAUCGAGAUGUGCGGGGUGAUUCCCGAGAUUAACGGUGGGUACACGAGUGGCAAUUCGGGAUGGGGUAUUCUGGGUAAGGAGGAAAGGGCGAAUGCCUUGCCGAGACCUGGGUACCGCGCUCGCGACGGUUGAGUUGUGCUUGAGGUAUGGGAUAAAACCCUGCCGAUGGU